AUCGCGUUCGACUUGGUUCAACUCGGGCUCAACACGAGCGGAAGUGGCGCCGCUUGACCACCCGCUCCCCCGCGGAGCGUUCUGCCAUUUGUCCGCCUGUAUCUGCACGGCUACAAGUGCUUUAGCCGGAGGAAACCCAGUGUCGCUCGGUCCUGGGAAGCUAAGCUCGCUAACGGUCGCUAACGGUCGCUAGCGUCGUCGGAGCCGGGUUCGACGUCCCAGCAGCCCCGGGGUCUUCUCAACCGCGUGACCGCCGCCUGACGCUUGGUUUGGGCCAAAGACGCGCAAUGAACCGUGGAUCUGCUACGCUGGAGCAUUACAAGGCAGCCAUGGUGCUGAGUGGUGCUGGGGAUGCCCUUGGAUACAGAAACCAGCUGUGGGAAUACAACGAGUCAGGACCGGCCAUUCACCAGGAGCUAAAGGAGCUUGGUGGCCUGAAGAACAUCAAGGCGGAGCUUCCUGAUUGGCCGGUGAGCGACGACACCGUUCUGCAUCUGGCCACAGCUGAAGGACUAGCUACCGGGAGGACAGGGGACGAUCUACUCCAUGAGGUGGCAGCUCGAUACGUGGAGGGGAUGAAAGACAUGGAAGGGAGGAAACCAGGGCCAUCAAGCAUUCUAGGAGUGUCCCAGCUGAGGCCUGGAGAGGAGGGAGGCUACAGAGUGGCCUAUAACAGUGAAGCAACAGGCUGUGGAGCAGCCAUGAGGUCCAUGUGCAUUGGCCUGAGGUAUCCGAGGCCUGACCAGCUGCUGUCGUUAGUGGCAGUUGCUGUGGAGACCGGCAGAAUGACCCAUCCACACCCCACCGGUUUCCUGGGAGCCGUAGCAUCUGCUCUUUUCGCCGCGUACGCUGUCCAGCGAAGGCCAAUCACGACGUGGGGUCUAGGUUUGAUCAAUGAAGCCUGUCCAAUAGCGAAGAACUUUGUUGAGGGACGAGGCUACGCUGUGGAGGAGACAGAGAGGGACUGGGGCUACUUCUGUGACAAGUGGCAGUGGUACCUGGAUACAAGAGGCAUCUCCAACGGCGUGGGCCCUGCGAUUUGGCCCCUCUCCUACGGUCCCGCCGAGCGAGACGAGGCCUACAAGAGCUUCAGCCUGUCGGGCUGGGCAGGACGCAGUGGCCACGACGCCCCCAUGAUCGCUCUGGACGCCCUACUGGGAGCAGGUUCAGACUGGGAGGAGCUCAUGAGCAGAGCCGGCUUCCAUGGGGGUGACAGCGACAGCACAGCAGUCAUCGCCUGCUGCUGCUGGGGUCUCCUCCACGGCACACAGGGGGUUCCUGAAGGGAACUACUCCAACUUGGAGUACAAGGAGCGACUGGAGCGGAGUGCCGAGCAACUUUACACGCUAUCGCACUGAGGAGGCGCUGCAGCCUGCUGGUUUCCCCUCCAGGAUCAUGGAGGGGAAACCAGGUCGCACAAUGACAUAGUGCUAAUUGGUGCAAUACAUCAAUGUAGUGUGCUGUCACGGAGUCCCACUAACCCAGAGGAAUGAUAUCUAACAAGGAUUUUGUGCCUUGUAAUGGUGGAAGCAUGGCUGCUGUCUCCAGAGCGCCCCCUAGUGACAGCAUUAAAUUAAAACUCAUUGUACCAGCCGAACAAAUCCAACCUAAUGAGAAUGUGAAGUGAAUAGAUGAAGUCCCCACGGAGGCAAUUACUUUGUUUUGUCAGCCUGACAUAAUAGGAAAUGCUUAGUGAGCUUCAAAUUAAAUGUAGCCUAGUUGUUGUCUAAUGAAAAAUACAUUUGAGUUUCAUUAGUUGAUUCACUCAAGAGCAAAACUGUAACUGCAACAUUUUGAUUAAGCCCAGUCAAUGAUACAAUAAAUUAAUAGAAAAUAAAUGUUCAGUAGUUGAGUUGAAAACUUUA